AUGGACAACGCAAGAUUUGAAGAAGGUAGUAGUCGAGAAAAGAGCAGAGUUGGAAGUAAAGCUAGUAGCAUAGCUGUUGUUAAUAAUAGUGCUUUCGAAGGGACUUCGACUAGCAGGAGGACGAGGAGCGCGCCAAGAGCUGGCGAGCAGUUUUCGGCGAAUACUAUUACUACUACCACCUUUGAAGAACCAUCCAACAGGAGGAGGGCAAGGAGCUCUUCACAAACCAGGGAUAUUGAAAAUGAGAUUAAUAAUACACGAGUGACAGUCAGAUCUAAAAGGAGGAGGACGGAAGCUCAUUUAGAUCCAGUUGUUGAGUCUUCACGAAACGCUCAAGGACAUCCAAUAAUUUUACCUCCUUUGUCCAUUCUCCCCACAAAUUCAAUUGUAAACUCCAUGACAUCUCAUAACCGAUCUCAAGCAUCUUCAUCUUCUUCACUGUACCCUUCGUCCUCGUCAGCAUCGUCAUCGACACAAUCAGAUAGAUUACCUCCCAUUAAUUUAUCGCGUGAGGAAAACAGGAACAUCGGAGCUCCAACAUUGCCUUCAAUUCGUUCCGUAUUUUCUAAUGAUCUUGGGGCGCAUUUCAAUAACAAUGAUCGUAAUAGUGAAGUUUCCUUUAUCGAUCUUACAAACAUUCCGACAACCGAGGAACAAUCACCCAGUCCCGAUGUUGUGGACUUAACGGCGAUUUCGAGCCCUUCGAAAGAUGUUAUUGUGAUUGAAGACGAUCCCGCAGGAUGUGAAGAACAUUCCUAUUAUCCAUCAUCUAAGAAAACAUAUAGCAAUACAGCCAUCAUCCCAUACCUCGAAAUUAAGUGUGCAAUAUGCUUAGAACCUCCUUCAAAUGUUUCUUACACCAGCUGUGGUCACAUAUUCUGCCGUGAUUGUAUCACCCAAGCGGUAAAAGUGCAGAAAAUGUGCUCACUUUGUAGAAAUCCAUUAAAUCAGAAAAAAGUUAAACGUUUACAAUUCAAAGUAAUGUGA